AUGAGUUUUUGUGGGUCUUAAUCUUUUUCUUUUGAUUUGUUAACAUCUUUUGAGGAAAAUCAGAAAUAAUCGAAAGAUCCUAGAUUUUGUAUAGUCGCAGCUGUUUCUUGUGACAUCGUUUGAUUUUUUGUUUAUGUGUUCAGAUUUGUCUUUUUCCUUGCUUCUAUCUCUCUGUUUUGUCUCUGUGUCUCUGUCUCUGUGUAAUCUACUUGUAGCCAUUUGUCUGGUUAUCAAAUUUUCUGCCACAAAGAAUAUUUUGAAACUCAGAAUUUAUAUUUUCGGAACAUAACUAGUGAGGCAAUUGCUAAAAUUAAUUAGUAAUCGUUUGGAAUAUAUGUGUUUUAUGUUGAGUUUGAUUAUAAAGUGGAUAUUUAUUCUGAUUCUUAUUUGUUUGUGUGUUUUUUUUGUAGACGCAAUAGCUAUCUUCAGCCUAAACUUUCUGGAAAUUUUCAUCAUUAGCAACCUGAAAAAUUAUCUUAAUUUGUACAUAAGCAAAACUAUAAAUAUUAGCAAAGAUGGAGGAGAUGUCACCUGAUAAUAUACAUGGAGUCAUUUUAGCUGUGUCUUCGAGUAUAUUCAUUGGUUCUAGCUUCAUCAUCAAGAAAAAAGGUCUUAAGAAGGCCGGUGUUAGCGGAGCCAGAGCAGGUGAAGGAGGGUAUGGAUACUUAUAUGAACCUUGGUGGUGGGCUGGAAUGAUAACAAUGAUUGUUGGGGAGAUAGCCAAUUUUGCAGCUUAUGCAUUUGCACCGGCUAUUCUAGUGACACCCUUGGGAGCUCUAAGUAUUAUUUUCAGCGCAGUGCUAGCACAUUUUAUUUUGGAAGAGAAGUUGCAUAUUUUCGGUAUACUUGGCUGUGUCCUCUGCGUUGUUGGAUCUACAACGAUUGUUUUACAUGCUCCUCACGAGCAAGACAUUGAAUCAGUCAAGCAAGUAUGGCACCUUGCUACCGAACCAGGUUUCCUUGCUUACUCUGCUGUGGUUUUGGUUGUGGUGCUUGCAUUGAUCUUCUACUACGAGCCGCGUUAUGGGAAGACGCAUAUGAUAGUAUAUGUUGGGAUUUGCUCUUUAAUGGGCUCUCUUACUGUUAUGAGUGUUAAAGCUGUGGCAAUCGCCAUAAAGCUGACUUUUUCCGGGAUGAAUCAGUUCAAGUACUUCCACGCAUGGAUCUUCAUCAUAGUAGUGACCAUAUGUUGCAUUUUACAAAUCAACUACUUGAACAAGGCUCUGGAUAAUUUUAACACAGCGGUCAUAUCUCCAGUUUACUACGUUAUGUUUACAACAUUCACCAUCUUAGCUAGUAUGAUCAUGUUCAAGGACUGGGCUUCUCAAAGCGGAUUGCAAAUUGCGACCGAGCUAUGUGGCUUUGUGACCAUUUUGUCAGGAACCUUUCUUCUCCAUAAGACUAAGGACAUGGGAAACAGUGCCAGCUUACGCGGCUCCACAUCACACUCGCCUAGAGACACUCCUGUUUUCAUAAACUCAGGUUCCAGUCGCAGUUCCAAUUCCACUAGGCCUGCAAUUUUAUAAUCCCACGGCUCCGAUGGUAGAUCAUCUAACGGUCUAGAACGAGGCAACACGGGCACGAAAGCCUCGAAGAGAACUUUUUUGGGUGGAAAGUGAGAAAAACAGAGCAUAUUGGGUUUAAGGGUAUAAUUUGUUUUUUGGAUAAGAGAAGGUUUAGUGAAUGAUUUGUUAGGGAUACUAUUUGAUUGAUUGCUUCAUGUUUUUAAAUAUUAAUUUUUUUGUUUGUUUCUCAUAUGAGAUAUAAAGAAAGUUUUAAAACA